CAAUCAGUUUUUUCUUGUUUAUGUGAUUUAUAUAAAAAAUAUUUGAUUCUCAUUCAAAAUGCCAAUCCCUCCUAAAAUCAAAAAAGGAAAGAAGAAACGAUCGCAAGAAGUGAAGAACGACAGGAAAAAAGAAUUUUCGAAAUUGGACCAGCCGGCAAAUUAUAAAGCUAUUCGAAAAAUUAGCCCAGUGCCAAAAAAGGAAACAAAUAUUUAUUCACCAACGGCAAAAUCAACAGCUCCCAUUCAUAGAGAAUUCAAAAAACAGCAAAACUAUGGAGUUGGGAAAGCUGUACCAGUUUCAUUCAACGAUCCUAAAAAAUUGGAAAACAACAACUACAUUCAUAUUCCCACAACUCGACGUCCUAACCCUUCCAUCAAUCAGCGAAAUGUAGGAAGUACAUUCAGGACAACUCCACAGCCUUCUGGUUCAACACAUCAGCCAAACAUAAUCAGCACAACACCAUCACCUAUACAGAAUGUGACAGAGAAAACAGGAGAUUACAGUGGAAACACAACGAAUUCCACCAUGAAUAUAUUGCCAGUGCACCCAAAUGCUGAUAUCGUUUUUCAAGAAUCAUCAGUACUAAUAUUGAUUUCUUUACUGCUGUUUGCUGCAGUUUAUUUGAUAAUGAAGGCCUUCAAGUGGAUUAAGAGGGUGUUUCUGAGGAAAUUCAGAAAAAGGCGGUCACCAGUUCAAGCUGAAAACACAAUAAUCCAAAGUGAUAACGUGGGUCCGAACUUACCAGAGAAAAAUGAAAGAACCAAUAACAAUGACCCAGCUUCACAAAGUGUAUCGGAUUUUCACAAUUGUUUAGAUUCAAUGAGGAGCCUCCUGGUUGCAGACCAAAUGGAACGAGCUUCAGAACAAAUGGAAAUAACGAAACAACGAAAGUCAAAAGCUGUAAAAAACAAUCAAGAGUUGGAUGAUGACUGGGGGGCUUACACAACUUCUUCAAAUGCUGAAGAGAAAAUUUCAAAAAAAUGUGACUCUCUACAGGAACCAGUUAAAUUGAAGCGAACUGAAAGCGAAUCUUCAAGUAUCACAGAAUCCAAGUUGUACGAAGAUGAGCUCAAGAGGUCGUUAAAUCAACAAAAUCAAGAAUUUGAAAACACUAUGAAAAAGUUGCGAGAAAAACGAGAGGAAAGAAGGAGAUUGGCCGAUGAAGAAGCGAAACAAAGUCGUUUCGAAUUCCAGCAGAGAAUUGUAGCCUUCCAUUCGUGCGUUCUACUCCGAAUUCGUUUCGAAGAAAAAGAACAAGAGUGGCAAGAUUUUCUGAAUGGCCUAAGAAAACCACUAGUUUCAAUUUUAAAAUCAUAUGAUGACUUCAAAAAUGAGAUCAAAUUUUCAAAGAGUGAACUUGAUGAAUCCACAAAGAUUAGCAUUCAGAAUGAAGGAAGAAUAUUUGCAAUCAAAGUUUUUAGUGCUCAGAAAAUGUUAUCUGAAGCAUUCGAUUUCCUUCAAAACCUUACAGAAGAAUUCGAUGGAAAGAUAUUCAUCAAAAUGAUAAUGAAAUCACUAAACGAUCAGGAAGCUAAAUGUGAUGACAUUGGCAACGCAUUGGUUGAAGUUAUGAACUCAGUUAAUGUCGGGAAACAAGAUUAUAAGAUUUUGGAUGCAGCAGUACUACGUUUAAAUCCCAAUUCAAUUCCUAAUACUUCACAACUCAAAAGAAACUCCAUGAUAGCAAGAGAAGAAGAUUAUGUGGUUAUUCGGAAUUCUAAAACUACCAAAUGGUUUGAUCAUUUUCAAUAAAUAAUUAUUCCUCUCGUA